GCAAAAGAAUUUAAGCUCCGGUGGAAGGCCAACCCCCUUCAUACAUGAGCAAGUCCAGUCUGUUUCUACGACAACAGGAUGUAAACAGAUGGGGUAUCACUGUCACCGCUGAAGCCAUUCGAGUGCCACUUAAAGUGCCAAGGCGAGAGCUGCCCACCAGGAAAUCAAGAUCCCACAGUUCCAAGUCAGCCAAGAAGACUAUGAGCCCAAAGACACCUAAAAAGAGGUCCUCAUGUAGUGCCAAAGUCACCACAACCGAGGUGGACAUCCUCAGCCCAGCAGCCAUGGAGAAUAUCUACUACAUUGCUCACAAUGCAGCAGACUGCCUGGAGUUCAGAGGAUUUGGGUGGCCAAAUUCAAAGAAGAAAAAGAAGGGGACAAAACGAAAGAAAAACUGAAUCAUAAAUUUUGCCAAAGAGAAUUUUAACUGCCUUCCAAUGGUGACACCUACUGGAUGGAUUUGAGAUGACAGUUUGAG